GUUUUUUGUCAUUCUUACACUCCAAGUCCAAACUCACUCUCUUUCACUUCACUACCUUUUAAAAAAAUUAAAAACACCCUUUAAAAAAUUUAAAAGCACCCUUUAAAAAAGCUCUCGCAUUUCAAGAACUAAACCAAAUUUAAAACCCAGGAAGUGUGAUUACUUCCCCAAACGUUUCUAUCACUUUUGUCUAUUAAAAGUAACCAGCUUUUUUGUUUCAGCUUACAUUUUUGUUUCCUUGUAUGCCUGAAAUUAUAAGAAAGGAAAUUUUUUGAUUAGAUUUUUCAAAAAAUUCUCCUUUUUUCACUUUAGUUUCCUGUUUCAUACUUGCCCAUUUAGUAAAGUUUGAUCUUGGUAUAGAAUUUCAUGUAUUUAAUGAGAUUGUUUUGAUGCAUAUAUAGUGUUUUGUUUUUGUGUUUAGUGUAAAAAAUUUAGAAAUUUGAUAUGAAGAUGGCUCAAGAAAAUGGGAAGGAUCAUAAUAAUAUUACUAUUAGAUUGAAUCAAACUAGGCCUUUGCCUUUUAGAUUAAUUCAAUUUUUCUUGGUGUUUUUAGUUCUUGGUCUUGGAAUUUCGAUUAUUAGUAUGUAUAUGUUUAGAUUUCUUGGAAUUCAGAAUGUAGUACCUGGUGCUAGUUCUUUAGCUAGGUCUAAUAUUAUAUUCCCUUGUUUUAGAGAAGCUGAUAGUUUAGAGAAUUGGGUUAAAGCUCCGUCGAAUUUGUUGCAUAAGAUGAAUGAUUCGGAGUUAUUUUGGCGUGCUUCGUUGGUUCCGAGAAUUAAAGAGUAUCCUUUUAAGAGAGUUCCUAAGAUUGCUUUUAUGUUCUUGACUAAAGGACCAUUGCCAUUAGCACCUCUUUGGGAGAGGUUUUUUGAGGGGCAUGAAGGGCUUUUUUCGGUUUAUGUUCAUUCUUUGCCGUCGUAUGUUGGGAAUUUUACGCCAUCAUCGGUGUUCUUCAAGAGACAGAUUCCAAGUCAGAUAGUCGAAUGGGGAAGCAUGAGUAUGUGUGACGGCGAGAGGAGACUCCUAGCAAACGCAUUGCUCGAUCUUUCCAAUGAAUGGUUCAUCCUCCUUUCAGAAGCAUGCAUUCCUCUCCAAAAUUUUAGCAUCAUAUAUCGUUACAUAUCAAGAUCACGGCACAGUUUUAUGGGUUCAUUUGAUGAAGACAGUCCAUAUGGCAGAGGACGCUAUAAUUGGAAUAUGCAGCCUGAGGUCACCCUUGAACAGUGGCGGAAAGGGUCACAGUGGUUUGAAGUGAAUCGAAGACUCGCAGUUAAUAUCGUCGAAGAUAUGACUUAUUAUCCCAAAUUCAGAAGCUUUUGCCAGCCAGCAUGUUAUGUCGAUGAGCACUAUUUCCCAACCAUGCUGAGCAUCCAAGUUCCACAUCUCUUGGCAAAUAGGACGCUUACCUGGACGGAUUGGUCAAGGGGCGGAGCCCACCCAGCUACGUUCGGACAGGCUGAUAUUACUGAGGAAUUUUUCAAGAGGAUGUUUGAAGGACAAUCUUGCACUUAUAAUAACCAGCCAACAACCGUGUGUUAUCUUUUUGCAAGAAAGUUUGCUCCAAGUGCUUUAGAACCUCUAUUAGGUUUAGCAUCUAAAGUUUUCGGGUUUUGAUGUAGGGUUGAUUGUGGCUUUUCGAUCAAAUACUACCCCGCGCAUUCGGGUCCAUGAGUCGAUUAUGAGGCUCUAGCACCACUCUAUCUUAGAUGUGGGUGACCUAUCCUAGAUGAGUUAAUAGAGAAUAUUAAAUAAACGUGGAUGGCAAGGCAAUUGAGAUGUAUAAAUAGGUCAUGAAUCACACUUCUUUACAUCCAUGUUUAAUUUAUAUAUGACGUUUGUUUUUCAA